CAAAGAAUCACAUUUCCGUUCUGUCUUUCAAAAUAAAACCACCACUAUUAAAACCGAGAAGACUUAUGACAGCUACGUCCGUCGUGGUGUGGGCGUAGCAACACAACACAUUCACCAACCCGUCUGCUUUUGUUCUGAGUAUUAAAAAAUAACCAAUAAGCAUCGCACAUGGUGAUAAUAAUCACAGCAGAUUGUUUUAUUCUGAAAAGCCCAAACGUGUGCUACCGCGCAUACGCAGUGCGCAUCAGCUGCAUUUGGUUACCUAGGCAGCGGGAGGAAAAGGGGGCGGAGCUUAGGCUGAGCCAGCUCUGCCACAUAGAGCAGCUAACCCACGUUUACAGCUCCAAACAGGCCUCGUGGCCAUGGCUAAAGACCCGUUAGCCGAGGCAGGCUUUUAUUUUGACGAGCUCAACAAGCUGCGUGUCCUGGAGCCCGAUGUCAGCCAGAAGACCUCCGAGCUCAAGGAAGAGUGUAAAGAGUUUGUGGACAAAAUUGGCCAGUUCCAGAAGAUAGUGGGAGGUCUGAUCGAACUGGUGGACGAGUUGGCGAAAGAAGCGGAGACGGAAAAGAUGAAGGCCAUCGGAGCCAGAAACCUGCUGAAGUCGGUGGCGAAGCAGAGAGAAGCUCAACAGCAGCAGCUUCAGGCUCUCAUCGCCGAGAAGAAGAUGCAGCUCGAGAGAUACCGCAUCGAGUAUGAAUCCUUGUCCAAAGUGGAGUCUGAGCAGAACGAGUUCAUCGACCAGUUCAUCCUUCAGAAGUGACGACGUGUACGCCUGCGUUCCCACAGUGCCUGACCCGUUUCCUCCGGCGACGUCGGAGGACGAGUCUGCUGCAAAACGUUUUACCCAAACGAUCCCAAAACUAAAAACCUAAAAACUACAACUCCUCGUUCCAGCUCAUUUCCAACAUGUGUGUGAUUAACGGCGUUUCAGCCUCACACAUCCUGUCUCAACACCAGAGACCAUGGAGCUCUUUAUACAAAGGAAUAUUAUUUAUACUAUUUAUACUGAAGAAUGACUCUGUAUAUCUAGUUUUACUACUUUUUCUAUCAAUUUAAAUACUGCAUGUGCAUGCACUCUGUAAAUAUAUUUAGCUUUUUAAAAAGAUAGAAGUUGAUCAACUAUGAUAUUCUUUUUGCUUUUAUUUCAUUCUUCAUUUCAUUCUUCUUAUUUUCAUUCUUCUGGUUCAACCAGUCAGUGGGCCCAAAGGAACACGCUGUCCUCUUUUCUUUCUGUGAGUCAUUGUUCAUGUUUUCAUUUAAAUAACCAAUGGUAAUACUUGAAUAAAUACUGUAUAAUAU